AUGAGGCUGCCCGUGAGGGUAGAAUCAAACCCUAAGUCUGCGCUUGUCAAAGACGAUGACGAGCGUCUUCCAAUUCAUUGGGCUACAGCCUACAAUCGGCUACCAGUGGUGGAAUUGCUAGUUGCCAGCAAGGAUUUCGAUCCGGAUGUCGAGGAUGGCUCGGGUUGGACACCUCUCAUGAUAGCAUCCAGUUUGAAGGAUGCUUCAGGCGACGCAAUCAUUGAGCUCCUCCUUCGAAAGGGUGCUGAUGUGUCUAUCAAAAGCAACACUGGACAGAAUGCUUUGCAUUUCGCAAGCUCAAAGAACAACAUAUCUACCGUCCGGACUUUGAUUGCAAACAAAUGCAGUGCCAGAGUGAAAGAUAAGCGUGGUCAGCUUCCUCUUCACCGAGCAGCCGCAGUGGGAUCUGUUCCCAUUCUGAAAACGCUCUUGGAAGAAGGCAAGAGUCCCGUCAACGCAACGGAUAGUGACGGAUAUACGGCACUCCACCAGGCUAUUGCUGAGGGUCAUGGCCCUGCCGCAAUCUUGCUAUUGAAGUCAGGAGCAGACCCUCUGAAGAGGGAUAGCGAUGGAAGAUUGGCAAUUGAGCUGGUCCCGGAUGAUAAGGUAUGUUCCUCUCCUCAAGUCAAGGUGGAUAGAGCUGAUCGGCCAAUCAAAAGGUCAAACAGUUUAUUCUUCAAACGGCAGAGCGGGAAGGGAUCGAGCUUCCAUGAUGAUUUGAUACGGCUAUAUCGCAAUUCCUAUUUUAGCCUGCAGACACUCGGGCUAACCGGUGUGGGAACAGCGCCUCGGUAUGUGCAAUUCCCCGCACCGCAGUUCUCCCAAGCACAAAAUCCAAAUUUUGAUUUCGAUUUGGGCGAAAUCCCCCUUCAGGACCGGAGCUGUCCGGGUUUGGCGUAG